GUUUUAGCUGCGACAGCUUUUCGUGAUACUAAAAACGCCUGUGUAACUCGAUAGAAGUCUGUUGUGUAAAAUACACAUGACAGUUACAAUUACUGCUAUAUAAAUGUGUGAAAUUAUAGAAAACUGACCACCAGAAACACCCCAGUGCUGCAAAUUGCUAUCAAGCCAACAUGAAGCUGAAUAUCGAGGGGUUAUUAGUCUACUUUCCGUAUGACUACAUUUAUCCUGAACAAUACUCGUACAUGCUUGAGCUGAAGAGGACGCUGGACGCAAAGGGUCAUGGAGUUCUCGAGAUGCCUUCAGGAACAGGAAAAACUAUUUCUCUUCUUUCCCUCAUUGUUGCUUACCAGAAGGCUUACCCUUUAGAAGUCACCAAGCUUGUCUACUGUUCUCGCACAGUGCCUGAAAUAGAGAAGGUUGUGGAGGAGCUAAGGAAACUAAUGGAUUACUAUGCAAAGCAAACAGGAGUGAAAAAUGACUUCCUUGCACUGGCACUUUCUUCACGGAAAAACCUGUGCAUUCAUCCUGAGGUGAGCUCUCUGCGUUUUGGAAAAGAAGUAGAUGGAAAGUGUCACAGUCUGACAGCAUCAUAUAUCCGCGCGCAGCAUCACAGUAACCCAAGUCAACCUCUCUGCCAGUUCUAUGAGGAAUUUAAUGCAGUAGGCAGACAGGUGCCCAUUCCUCCUGGUAUAUAUAACUUGGAUGAUCUGAAGGACUUUGGGCGUAGAAAAGGCUGGUGUCCGUACUUCCUGGCACGUUACGCAAUUCUUCACGCAAACAUUGUAGUGUACAGCUACCAUUACUUACUUGAUCCAAAAAUUGCAGACCUGGUCUCGAAAGAGCUCGCAAAGAAAUCUGUAGUUGUGUUCGACGAGGCUCACAACAUCGAUAAUGUGUGUAUUGAUUCCAUGAGCGUCAACAUUACCAGGAGGACUCUGGAUCGCUGUCAGACUAAUGUGGAAACCCUGCAAAACACCAUUAGCAAAAUUAAGGAAACCGAUGCUGCCAAACUCAGAGAAGAAUACAGGAGAUUAGUUGAAGGUCUUAAAGAAGCAAAUGUUGCCAGAGAAACUGACAUCUAUCUGUCCAACCCAGUUCUGCCAGAUGAAAUCCUCCAAGAGGCUGUACCUGGCAGCAUCCGCACUGCAGAGCACUUUGUGGGCUUUAUGAAGCGCUUCCUGGAGUACCUGAAGGCACGUUUGCGAAUCCAUCACGUGGUUCAAGAGAGUGCCCCUCAGUUCCUCAAAGACAUCUUUGAGAAGGUCUGCAUUGAUCGCAAACCCCUGAGAUUUUGUGCAGAGCGGCUGCGCUCACUGCUGAGGACACUGGAGAUCGCAGACAUUGCUGACUUCUCAGCCAUUACCUUGAUCUCACACUUUGCCACACUUGUCAGCACCUACAGCAAAGGCUUCACCAUCAUCAUUGAGCCCUUUGAAGAUAAAACGCCAACAAUAGCAAAUCCUGUCCUUCACUUCAGUUGCAUGGACCCCUCUAUCGCCAUAAAGCCGGUGUUUGGGCGCUUUCAAUCAGUCAUUAUCACAUCAGGGACUCUCUCUCCGCUGGACAUCUAUCCACGCAUCCUUGAUUUCCACCCAGUCACUAUGGCAUCCUUCACCAUGACACUGGCACGAACCUGCCUGUGCCCUCUUAUUGUUGGCAGAGGGAAUGAUCAAGUAGCGAUGACCUCCAAGUUUGAGACCAGAGAAGAUUUUGCUGUGAUCCGGAAUUAUGGAAACCUGCUGCUGGAGAUGUCUGCCAUCGUUCCCGAUGGGAUCGUUGCAUUCUUCACGAGUUACAUGUACAUGGAGAACAUUGUGGCCUCGUGGUAUGAACAGGGCAUCCUUGAAAACAUCCAAAGAAACAAGCUCAUUUUCAUAGAAACCCAGGAUGCAGCUGAGACCAGCAUGGCCCUGGAGAAGUAUCAAGAGGCCUGUGAGAACGGCAGAGGAGCAAUUCUGCUCUCAGUGGCAAGAGGGAAAGUGUCAGAGGGGAUUGACUUUGUUCAUCAUUUUGGCCGUGCCGUUAUCAUGUUUGGAGUACCAUACGUUUACACCCAGAGUCGAAUCCUCAAGGCACGGUUGGAAUACCUCAGAGAUCAGUUUCAAAUCCGGGAAAAUGACUUUCUGACGUUUGAUGCAAUGCGCCAUGCGGCUCAGUGUGUGGGCAGAGCCAUCCGAGGCAAAACAGACUACGGCCUGAUGAUCUUUGCCGAUAAGCGUUACGCACGAGCAGAUAAGCGAGGAAAGCUGCCCCGCUGGAUCCAGGAACACCUUACAGAUGGAAGCCUAAAUCUGACCAUUGAUGAGACUGUGCAGUUAGGCAAGCACUUUCUACGACAGAUGGCCCAGCCCUUCAGACGGGAGGAUCAGUUGGGUCUGUCCCUGCUGACCCUGGAACAACUGCAGUCUGAGGACAUGCUUCAGAAAAUUGCUCAGAUCGCUCAACAAGCCUGAGGUCUCAAAAGGAACAAAGAGAUGUGUAUAUAUGUAUUCUUUUUUUUUUUUAUGAUUCUUUAAUAUGGUGUUUUCUACAACAAGAAGCAUUAAUAAAUGCUGUUAUUUA